GAUUCACAGGGCAGGCGUUUGUAGCGAUUCACACAAGGGCUGGGCUAUGCAAAGGAGUCUGCCACACAGCACACUGAUUGCUGAGGUUAGUAACAAAGGUGUCCGGACAGAGAGACAUGAGAAGAUGAAGGCACACCCGGGCCACUCUGCCUGGUCGACUCACAAUCUCUGAUCACUGCCCUCAUUUCACCGCACCCAAGUCCUACCAUGGGGCUGACAGGUGUGCUCCGGGUGGUGGUCAUGGCGUGCACGCUGGCUGGAACGUGGUUUCUUCUGCAGAUGUACCUCAACACGAGCUGGAAGUCCAUCUCUUUACGGAGCUGGUUUGGUUCCUCAGUGCUUGCAGAUCCCUCAGCCAGUCAUGCCCAGCCGCAGACCCCACGAAAUAAGUGUGGCAAUGUGAAAAGCUGUCCCCAGAACCAUUUUGCCUUCAAAAUCAUCAGCGGAGCAGCAAAUGUCGUUGGGCCAUCCCUGUGCUUUGAUGAUAAUCUUAUCAUGAGCAGCGUGAAAAAUAACAUCGGCCGUGGAUUAAACUUCGCACUUAUGAAUGGGACAACAGGACAACUCAUCAAAACAGACAACUACGACAUGUACUCUGGAGAUGUCAAACACCUAGUGGCCUUCCUGAAAACCAUCCAAGAUGGCACCCUGGUCCUUGCUGCCUCCUACGAUGACCCAGCCACCAAGAUGAACGAUGAAGCACGGACACUGUUAACCAAUCUGGGAAGCACCUAUGCUGCCACGCUGCAUUACUGGGACAACUGGGUUUUUUUAGGAGAAAAAGAUCGAGAGGAUAAGAGCCCUUUUGAAAAGCUUCUGCAACUCAAUAAAGAAACAGACAGAGAACUAAAACUUCCUGUGGCCUUGAAAAUGGAGGGCUGCAUACCACAGAAGAUGAAGUAGUGGUGGGUGGACCUCCAAACAGCUCCUAUGUCAAGCCUAAAUGAAAGAUUAAUUUUCUUUUGAUCAGCUCUUUUAAAACAGUGAUUGAUCCCUGCUUUACAAGUGCUUUAGUCUGUGCUAUAACAGCACAUCUCUGACACCCUGGCUGAUGCCCAGCAGAUUCCAACACGUAUUCUAGUAUAUUAAUAAAGGCUCAUGUUGAGAGCAAGAAGGUA